ACAAAUCCCACGCUAUGGAGUCACUGACUCAAAAAGUUGCUCUCAAAUUCACUAAGGCCAAUUUUGUCCCAGAAAAAGUUACUAACAGAUAUUUUCACAGGGGCAAUUUGGUCAAACUAAAGUCACCUACCACCACCACUAUCACCACCAUAACCACCACUCCCACUAGAAAUACUCCUGUUUUUCCCCCUAUCUUUGUGUCCGAAAGAGCUGCCGUACCCAGAGCCGGUGAAGAACCCGAGUUGAAAACGACCCGGAUCCGAGAUCCAGUGAGCUCAGCAGAUAUGGCGUCUAAAGAUCCGAUUCUCAAAGACGAUCGUCUCGCUCGGAUUUCUUCUUCUAUUCGGGUCAUCCCCGACUUCCCUAAACCCGGGAUUAUGUUUCAGGAUAUAACAACAUUGCUACUUGAUACUAAGGCGUUUAAGGACACUAUUGAUUUGUUUGUUGAGAGAUACAAGGACAAAAACAUCAGUGUCGUUGCAGGUAUUGAAGCAAGAGGUUUUAUAUUUGGUCCUCCCAUUGCAUUGGCUAUUGGGGCAAAAUUUGUCCCCAUGAGGAAACCCAAGAAGUUGCCGGGGGAGGUUAUUUCAGAAGAGUAUUCUUUGGAGUAUGGAACAGACAAGAUUGAGAUGCAUGUAGGUGCUGUGCAAGCCGGUGAACGUGCACUUGUGGUAGAUGAUCUUAUCGCAACUGGAGGGACCCUAGCUGCUGCAAUUAGGCUUCUAGAGCGUGUUGGAGUUGAGGUGGUCGAGUGUGCAUGUCUUAUUGAGUUGCCAGAAUUGAAGGGCCGGGACAGGUUAGGUGAUAAGCCACUAUUUGUUCUUGUGAGCUCAACCUGAUCCUCAAUUAGGAAAUGGAUCUAGACAGAGAACUUCAUUGAGGUGGAACUGUAUUGGAGUGACAUUCUGAAUUUGGAGAGGAGAAAUCUCAUUUUUAUAACAACCAUUGCCAAUUAUGGCCUUAAAUGUGUGGAUUGAAAUAAGCCCUUGUUAGGUGCUUUCAGUUGACUUAGCUAUUGUGAGAGAUAUGCUCUGAAUGAAUUAAGUCCAACUUUUAUUGUUGUGGUA